AUGCCUCGCUCCCACCUAUCUUGGCUCCUUUGCGACGCCUGGUCCGUCGCUGCGAGCCAAGGGCCUGGACCGCAUCUGCAACACCUGAUCGUGCCGAAUAACAACUAUUGCGCUUUCGAGGACUGGGUGAUGCCGAUUUUAGACACGAUGCUGGAAGAGCAGGAGGCAUCCGGUGUUUCGACAAUAGAGACCGCGUUCCAUUGGACCCCGAGUAAGAUCAUCCGCCGGCUAGGGAAGGAAAUCAACAAUGAAAAUUCCGUCUACUACUGGGCGUAUAAAAAUGACAUACCCGUCUUCUGCCCUGCGCUAACCGACGGUAGUUUGGGCGACAUGAUGUAUUUCCACACAUUCAAGUCCUCGCCGCGACAGCUCCGCAUUGGCAUUGUGGAAGACGCAGGGAUGAUUAUUCUGGGCGGCGGCCUGGUAAAGCACCACAUUGCCGAUGCGUGUCUGAUGCGCAACGUCGCGGAGAGCGCGGUGUAUAUUAUCACGGCGCAAGAGUUUGAUGGGAGCGACGCUGGUGCGCGGCCGGAUGAAACGGUGUCGUGGGGGAAGAUCAAACCAGAUGCGAACAGCGUGACGGUAUACGAAGAAGCUACAGUAACAUUCCCCAUUAUUGUUGCAGCGACAUUUACAAGAGGUGACAAGCGGUGGGGAAAUUAG